AUGGCGGUGACUCACAGAGGCGAAGGGGCGAUGCUCCUUAUGCUCCCCGAAGUCGUUCGAACAGAAAAGGUCAAGUCUGUUGUGGACCUCCUGCUUGACAGAGACUUCGAUAUCAUCAAAGAAAAAGAGUUCUGCUUCACACACGAUGAAGCAGACGCCUUCUUUCAGGACGCACCCUGCGGCCUCGAAAGAUCCGCCUUUCUUUCGCAAGCGUGCGCCGGCUACGUCUGUCUCCUCGUGCUGCAACACCCGGUAGGAGACACGGUCGUAAGGCUCCGCGACCUCGUUGGGCGCGAGGACCUGCAGGCGGCGAAGGAGGCGCACGCCGCCGGGCAGACAAACCUCCGCGGGGCGUUUCUUGAAGAGGCCGGCUACGCAGGUUUCUUUUGCAGCGCCUGCGACUGGUCGUUUCAACGCGAAAUGGAAUUCUUCUUUCCUUGCCUGGACAGGUGCCCAGUCGAGCGGACCUUCGCGCUCAUCAAGCCCGACGCCGUUGCCGCCGGGCUCUGCGAGGAGAUUGAAGAUGAAAUUCUCAACUGUGGACUGCGCAUCGUCUGCAAAAAGAGCCCUUUCUACGAGGACCUGCGGCUGCUCAUGACGAGUCCCGACGGAGUAGUGGCGAUGAUCCUCGAGGGGCAGGCCGCGAUACGGCGCUGGUGGCUUCUCUGCGGCCCGACAGACUCCGCAGUCGCGCGCCGCCUGGCGAAGCAGACGCUGCGAGGGCGUUUCGGCUGCGAUGCGACGCGCAACGUGGUGCAUGGCGCCGACUGCACCGCUCGCGUGAACCGAGAGGCAUUUUUGUUUUUCGAUAAAACCGACCUAGCCCUCGAGCGAACGUUCGCCCUCAUCAAGCCCGACGGCAUGGCGACGCCUGUCCGGCGGGCGAUCCUGAACGAAAUCGAGAAAAACGGCCUCGAAAUCAUUCGCCAGCGCGAGCUGGUGCUCACCGAAGAGGAUGUGUUCGCCCUGUACUCGCGGCACCGGGAGCGACCUUUCUUCAGUUCGCUCGUGGAGUACCUGACCACCCGCCCCUCGCUCGCGCUGGUGCUGAUGCGCGCCGGCGCUGUACGCAUCUGGCGACAUGCCGCGGGCGCGCGGGCGGCCUCGAGCGAGCGCGCGCCACGAACGAAGAGCCUUAGAGGCCGCUUUGCAGAGAACCCACUGAAGAACACGGUGCACGCCGCCUCCUCGCGGGAGCAGGCCGAACUCGCGAUCGCCCACGUCUUCCCAGAACUCCCAGUCUACCCUGCGCCAAAUGCGGAGUUCAUCCACGACUAUCUCUUUCGAAAAAGCGCGGCCGCCGGCAAGCACGUUGAAGCCGUCGCGCCGUCACGCACGCACAUCCCGCCAACUCUGCAGCUUCUCAUCUCAAAGGGCUUGGAGGAACUGUGUGCGGUGCGGCCUACGGGACUCGAAGCGGUUUCGUGGCUCGCUGACUGGCUGGAAAAGCACGCUGAAGAUAACAAAAAUCCAGGAAAAACCACCCCUGUCGAGCUUCCAGAGGAGCCGCGGCGCAAGGUGAUUGUCGUCUCGAAGGAGGCGAUGCCGCGCGUGCUGCCUGACGCGCUGCCGCAAGCGCCGUUCUUCGUCAGGCUCGUCGGCGCGCCGUUUUCGGGGAAGAAGUCGCUUGCAAAAAAACUCGCAAAGGAAACUGGAUUCCUGGUGCUUGACGUCGAGGACUUGGUGGCGGCGGAAAUCACCGCGAACUCCGCGUUGGGCGCGCUGCUGGCGAAGGCGGGCGGCGCCUCUGGAGCGCCCGCGGCGCUGCAAGCGAAGACGCUUUGCAAGGCGUUUUCUGAGAGACUCGACAACAAUUGCUUCAUCCUGCUCCACGCGAGCGCGUCCGCCGAAGACGCGAAAGCCGUCGACAGAGAGCUCGGCGCAGAGCCCGCCUUCACGCUGUUCCUCGACUGCCCACGAGAGCUGCUGCUCGCGAGGGCGCCCCAAGACGAACGCGCGCAAUGGGAACCGAAGAUAGACCAGAGUCUGCAGCAGCUCGCGCCGCUGACGCAGCACUACGAGCGCCUUGGACGGCUCUACGCAGUGGCUGCGUCACGCUCCACAGACGAGGUGUUUAGAGACGUCCGCGCACUCUUUCUGCCUGCCUUGACAUACCUCUUCGCGGCGCCUGGCCUCGAGACUGCAGCGAUCGAGGCUCACCUCGCGCGCGGCGGCGCGGAGCUCAUCGACGUGCUGCGGCUCCUGCGUGAGGCCGACAACUUCCCCAGUCUGUUCUCCGCCGGCGCUGCGCCUCCCGCCUCCGCCGUCUGCCCGCUAGUCGUCGACCGCCUGAAGGCCCUGCGAGCCAAAGGGCGCGACCAGUUUGUCAUCACGAAUUUUCCUUCCACGCUCAAGCAAGCCAAGUUCCUCGAAGCCCAAGUGCCUUGCACCAUCCGCGCGAUUCGCCUCGUUGCGGCGCGCUCGACUCUGAAGGUCUUAGCCGCGGGCUCAAGCAGACUCGCCCUGAAGGCACUCGAAACGCAGCGCCGCGCGUUCGCCUCGCAUGAAAUGAACGCCGUGUUUGCUGACUUGGAGGCUCGCGGCGUCCUGCAGAGCGUCUCCUGCGACUUCCUCUGCCAGUGUCCGCUGGCGGUCUCGCGGCGGUCAACCUCCUCCGGGCUCCUCGACGCGGUCUCCCCUUGCCUGAAGCCGCGCAUCACGCUCGUUGCCGGGCUGCUGGGCUGCGACUCUCACGCCCUCGCCCGCGCACUUUGCCAGAGCAGCGAAAAAACCAUUUUUCUCGACGUGGAGGCGCGCUUCGAGAGCGAGGCAGCGGAGAGGGCCUCCAGUUUCCAGGCGGUCACCGCGCCGUCGCCCGCGGAGGUCGUGGCCGCCGUGCGAGCGGCUCUUCACCAUACUAAGAUGGAAAGAGCCGUUUUGAUCAACUUGCCGGAGGCCUGGAGAGAGACGGAAUUCAAGCAGCUCUCCGCAGACGCCAUCGUCGAGCGCCUUGUCCGCGUCCGGGGCUUCGUCCACCUCGACACUGUGGCUAGUGGGGAGAGAGAUCCACACGCGCAUCUUUCCUUCGUGAAGGCACUCAGCAAGUUUUUCGCUCGAGAGCUCAAAGUCGUGGAGGUGAAGGCGACGAAGGACAGCACUCCGAAGGAGCUCGCUGAGCAAGUCAUGAGCUCGAUGGUCGCCGACGUAGUGGCCGUCGCAGCCCCUCCAACUGUCGAGACCCGCGCUCUCUUGGAGCACCUCCAAGAGACUUUCGGCUACAAGCUGCUUCCCGAUAUGAGCGCGAUCCUGAAGUCCGCGAAAAAAGGUGAAAAGCUGCCUCCGAAGAAACUCGCGGCGCUGCUUGAGAACCCCGACGAAUGUGCCUCGUGUCUGUCCGCCACGCUCGCCACAGACCCCAACCUCCGCGGCUCGGGCUGUAUUCUGAUCGGCUUUCCAAACACAGUCGAGCAGGCCGCGGCUCUUAUCAAGCACGGCGUCACACUGCAGAAAUACAUCCAAGUCGAUGUGGAUAUGGAGACAGUUCUGCAGCGCCUGCAAGACGAAAAGCAGGGCGUCGACCCUCGAGACGACCUCGAGGGAGAGCUGAACGCCUACUACGCGAAAGCAGAGGCGCUGGGGAGGUUCUUCGAGGCCCGCGGGCAGCUUGUCAAGCUCGCCGACGGGUCGCCGGGGAAGAGGAUUUCGAGCGUCUUCACCCCGCGCGUGUUUCUGUUUCCCUCCUCGCAUUUGAAGCCUGCGCUGGCGCAGGACGUGAGCGACCUCGUCGCCAAGAAGCGGCGCGCGAUAAUCCUCGACGUCAACCAGAUGCUCGUCCCAGAGCUUCGAGGCAACGCGACUGCAGAGGACAUCUUACGCGAUUUAGCGACCGUCGCACCGAGAGACUUGCUCGCACACAGGAACGGCAACGCAGACAUCGUCCGCUUGAUCAGCGAAGAACUCCAGAGAUUCCCCAUGCAAAAUGUCCUCAUCUGCGGCUUCCCGUUCGCGCCACUCGACGCUUUCGAGUCGGGGGGCUUCGGGCAGCUUCUCCAGUUGAAAGAAGUUUGUGAAAUCCAAGGCCUCGUUUUGCUCGACGUUCCUGCAAGCGCGUUUGGCGCCUUUGGAUGCGCGUGUGACCUCAUUGAGACCCUCGGCCUCUCAGUUUCGCAAGUGAUUCAACACAGCUGGGCCGUCAACGAUCUCCUUCUUUCUUUUCUCGGAGGGAAACUGAAAGACGAAAUUCGGCUCACGCUCCAGAGCGACGAUACAAUCCAAGAAAUCAAGAGGAAGAUCAAGCAACAGCUGCAGGCCACAGAAGAGGAGGCCGCAUCCUGA